UAGAGGAUGGAGCAGGAAGUGGCAAGAGAGGAAGAAGAGAAAAAAGAAGGCUUGAUUGAGUUUUAUGACUCCUUCAAGGAUAUGUUUGAAUUCUUCUGUAAGAACACAACAAUCCAUGGCACUAUCCGCCUGGUAUGCUCAGACAGCAAUAAGAUGAAAACAGCUUUUUGGACUCUGCUUUUACUUGCCAGCUUUGGCAUGUUAUACUGGCAAUUUGCACUUAUGUUCAGCCAGUACUGGGCCUACCCUGUUGUCUUGACCAUGUCGAUGCAUUCAGAGCCCAAGAUGUUUCCAGCAAUAACUAUCUGCAAUCUGGACCCAUACAGAUUUGAACUGGUCAGUGAACAUUUGGUUCGACUGGAUCAAAUGGCAGAGGAAUCUAUUGCUUUUUUAUAUGGCAUCAACACCUCAGUCAGCCUAUUCCACAUGAAUGAGAAAAACAUCCAAGUAAAAGACUUGUCAAGUAUAGGCAAUCUCAGCAGGUCUAACUUCAAACUGAGCCAAAACUUCUCACUCUUGAGAAUGUCUGACCACAGUAAUAAGUCAGGAAAGAAAUAUUCCAAGGUGGGCUUCAGACUGUGCAAUGCCACAGGUGGGAAUUGCUUCUACAAGACCUACUCAUCUGGGAUGGAUGCAAUUCUUGAAUGGUACAGGUUUCACUACAUGAAUAUCAUGUCCCAGCUGCCGGUUAUAAUCAACAUUUCUGAUCACGAGGAGCAAAUAGAAGAUAUGGUCUAUUCCUGUCAGUAUGAUGGGGAGCCCUGCAGGCCCAGUGACUAUGUUCACUUUCACCACCCAGUCUUUGGAAGCUGCUAUACUUUUAACAGCAAGGGGACAGACUCCUUUUGGACAGCAACAAAACCAGGAAUUCCUUACGGACUUUCCCUUAUCCUGAGAGCAGAGCAGAAGGAUCACAUCCCACUGUUGUCUACAGUGGCAGGUGUGAAAGUGAUGAUACACAACCACAAUCAGACACCAUUCCUUGAGCAUGAAGGCUUUGACAUCAGACCAGGCAUUGCGACUACAAUAGGCAUUCAGCAGGAUGAAGUGAAUCAUCUGGGUGGCAGUUAUGGAAAAUGCACAACUAAUGGCAAUGAUGUGAAUGUUAAACUUCUGUACAACAACUCCUACACCCUGCAGGCUUGUUUGCAUUCCUGCUUUCAGCACAUAAUGGUUAGAAAAUGUGGCUGUGGUUAUUACUACUACCCACUGCCUCCUGGUGCUGAAUACUGUAACUACAACAAGCAUCCUGCGUGGGGUCACUGCUUUUACCAGCUGUACAACAGGCUCAGGAAUCAUCAUCUCAAUUGUUUUGAUCAAUGUCCCAAGCCAUGUCGGGAAUCCUUGUACAAAGUGUCUGCUGGGACAGCUAAAUGGCCGUCAGUGAAGUCUCAGGACUGGAUUCGCCAAGCUCUAAGGCAUCAGAAUGGAUAUAACUCUACUAGCAAUAGGAAGGAUAUUGCCAAGGUGACUAUCUUCUACCAGCAACUGAACUACAAGUCUGUGAAUGAAUCUCCUUUAUUCUCAGAGAAUUUGCUUCUGUCCAGCAUGGGAAGCCAGUGGAGUCUCUGGUUUGGAUCCUCAGUGUUGUCUGUGGUUGAAAUGUUUGAGCUGCUUAUAGAUACACUAGUCUUGUCUCUCCUCUUCUGCUACCAAAGGUUCAGGUCAAAGAAGACUUUAAAAGUAGCUCACACUCCUGCCAUCCCCAGCAUGAGCUUGACACUAGAAAACUACCGAGCUGUGCAGGAAGAGGCUGGGAAAGGCUAUGGUUCUGCUCAGACUCACCCUCCUGUAGUGACCAUUGCCAUGGACAAUGACAGUAACCUCCAUCUGCACCUGUUCUCCAGAGAGGUGGAAAUGCCAGAGCUUUGCCCAGAUGUGGUGCUUAAAUGA